AUGAAGCGACUGGGUGAGCACAAAUAUUCGGCUGUGGACACGUCGUGGUUGGAUGAAUUGUGCAUGAAAAAAUUCUGGGACAAAUGCGUGACGUUCUGUCCGAUGUGGGUGGCUCCAAAUCUGAUCACCCUCGUCGGAUUGAUCAUCAACUUGUGCACAGUGUUGAUAUUAUCCGCUUAUUGCUAUACAGCGAGUGAAUCGGCUCCAUCGUGGGUCUACUUUCAAGCGGCUCUUGGGCUGUUUUUGUAUCAGACUCUUGACGCGAUCGAUGGAAAACAGGCACGACGGACGGGUAGCUCGUCGCCUCUUGGAGAGCUCUUCGAUCACGGGUGUGAUUCAGUGUCUCAGGUGUUCGUCACGCUAAACGUUUGUUAUGCGAUGACGCUUGGCGCUGUCCCAAAUGGCGUCUUUUUGAUCUCGAUCAUCUCGGUGAUCAUGUUCUUCGCCGCACAUUGGAGCACCUAUUGCACUGGGCAAUUGAGAUUUUCAAAAUUUGAUGUAACUGAAGCUCAAUGGAUGGUCAUCUCCGUUCUCCUUUUCACCGCGAUUUUUGGCGCACCCAUGUGGUCAGCCGAAAUUAUUUUCGGGUUUCAACUCCGUUAUAUUGUCGUCAGUGUGUCGUUGAUCAUCUCAAUCAUUCAAAUUGGCGGAUAUUUAAAGACGAUUUUGAGUGGAGGAGUUGGAAAGAAUGGAAGCACCGUGGCAGGAACCUCCGUUCUUUUCCCCCUUUUCCCACUUCUUAUGAUCAUUUUGCCGUUUGCAAUGAUUUAUGGUAAAUCAAACAGUUCUGUUUACGAUGAUCACAUCACAUUGUUCGUCCUUUGUUUUGGAGCAGUCGGCUCAAAGACGACAAAUCGUUUGGUGAUCGCUCACAUGUCAAAGAGUGAACUUCCGCUAUGGGAUUGGAUCUAUUUGGCGCCAUUGGCAUUGAUGUUGAAUCAAUAUUACAAUUACCCUUUCAAUGAGUACCAUUUGUUGAUCGGCUGCACGGUGUACGCCUACAUCUCUCUGUUGAUAUUCUGCACUUACGCAAUGACUAGAUGUGAUCGCCGAAGAGGCCGAACG